AUGAUUCAUAUAUUAGUAAUUGCUUGGCAAUGUUUUUUUGUCAUCGAGAGCAUUCACUUCAAUGGCGGUACGAUUCGGUGGGAACCUGUUGAUCCCCAAACCAAUUCAAGCCUGGUUGCAAUUAAUAUCAUACAAUCAUAUUCUUGGAGCUAUCCGACGAUACGAUGUGCAAACGAUGUACCAAUUUCCACCAGUGGUCGAAGUGGUACGAACAGCAAUCUAACAUGCGUUGUUGACUGUUCAAGCGAUGGCGGCUAUUCAGCGAACCCAGUGAAUAUUUUAACUGAUUGCGUUUCGACUAAUCCGUCGCUAGGCAUGAUGACUAGUAAACGAUCAGUCAAUACAACACUCAUAGCCGAUGCACACUUCUACAUAUCGUAUCGAGGAAGUGCUUGGCAGACUAUAGGAAGUCCGCCACAAAGGGAUCUUUACUGGUCAAUUGUAUGUUUCAUUGACCUUCGACGACGAUCAGAUGGUAUCAUAAACACCCCACCCGAAGCGAACGUCAUUUCACCACAAUAUGCCAUCGUGAACAGGACCACUCAAAUUCAAAUACCCGUGUCAGACGUCAAUACAGGUGAUGAUUUACGGUGUCGAUGGUCAGUGUAUGUGCCUGGAGUUCGAAGACGGAGACAAUCAAAUGCAGACGAAAAUCUAUAUGACCGAUCGGCUCAUCAAAUGUAUAGAAAAAUAGACGGAGACGGAGAAAUUCCUCAUAUUAGAAAAAAAAGAACAUGUGGUGGUGGUUAUACAUGCUCUGGUUCCAUGUGUAAUUAUCAAUGCUGUUGCUCCAGUGCAUCUUGUCCCUCAGCACCUAGCUGUACGGGUCAGAACUGUAACUCACCUUCUGGUUGUCCGAUUGUAACAACAACUACGACAGAAUCAACAACAACUACGAGAACAUCAACAACAACUACGAGAACAUCAACAACAAUAACAACAACCGAAAGUAUGACUACCGUUGAAACCGCAGGAACGUUACCAGUCACUAGCUCGUAUCCAAUACGCCAGGCCAUUGACGAAUGUGGCGGUAUUUGCUAUCCGAAUACGGUACCCGUUGGUACUACUUUGUCAAACUGCACACUAACAUUUACAGGACUUAUACCAAACACUUGGUAUGCUGUUUCAAUUCAAGUUGAAGAUUUUAUCAACUCCACCAGUAUGAUUCCUAUGAGCUCAGUUCCAGUUCAAUUUCUGAUUUACGUCAUGCCGACACCAAACUGUUCCAUAGCACCGACUAUUGUGCCACUGGAUGGUUGCCUCGAAGUAGCAGCAAGCGUUAUGAAAAGCUUCAAUAUAUCUGUAAUCAAUAGAUGUAACCCUUUCAUCUCGAAUGUCAGUAGUGUUGUUGUAUCAAAAGGAGUUACUGGGAUGCAAGUUAGCAAUAUAACACAAUCAUCAACAAAUGUAUCCAUGGUCUAUACUACAUUCACUUGGACACCGGAAACAAAUCAACUUGGUCAGCAACAAUUGUGCAUAAUAGCUGUCACUGAUGAGAUGGUACAAUCUGCGGAGUAUUGUGUUAUAUUCACUGUAAUAGCUUCAUCUUUUCCAUGUGUGACAACAACGACUAGUACAACGACAUCAUCAACCAGUAGUACUACAACCACAUCGACAAGCUCGAGCACCACAUCAACUUCAACCACAGCAACUACGACUACAACAACGACAUCAUCGACCAGUAGUACUACAACCACAUCGACAAGCUCGAGCACCACAUCAACUUCAACCACAACAACUACGACUAGUACAACGACAUCAUCAACCAGUAGUACUACAACCACAUCAACAAGCUCGAGCACCACAUCAACUUCAACCACAACAACUACGACUAGUACAACUUCAACAUCAACUUCCACAACAAGCACAACAACGACUACAGUCACUACGACAACAGCGACAACAACAACAACAACGACGACGACGACAACAACGAGUAUAGGAAGCAACAUCAAAUGGCCGCUUAUAUUAGGAUUAUCAUUGUUGUCUCUACUAUUAGCUUGUUGUUGUUCCGGCUGGCUAAUCUAUUGGCUGUUGCGGAAAUCUGCAAGACAUCGUCACCAACAACAGAAAGUGAAACGUACUGAUCAUGAUCUACUGUCUGUGGAACGCUCGGGACAAAAAAAACGUUAUCGUGAAUUGAAUAAAAAAAUUCGACUUACAACACCUAAUAUCAACGAUCAUGCGUACGAUUCAAUCGACCUCAUUAAGGAGAGAGACAGUUACUUAUCCUUGACUAAAAGUCAAACGAGUGCAGAGAUCAAUGACAUUCGCGUACAGGACGCUGAAACCCCUUCUGAAAUUAGAAAUGCAACGAUUCAAUCGCCAAAUCAUGCACAAGAAAAUACCAGUGCAUCAGUGAAUCGUCGCUCUGGAGUUCAAGUUUGUCGUGUGAGCCGAGUGUCCAAGUUGUAUGAGAGCAAUGAAAGUCUAAGCAAUACACAACGAUUAACUGGUGACAAACCAAUAAGAACUGCAUCAAUGUUACCGCAGAAGGUUAGUGGGAUUACUGUUAUCAAAGUUCCACGAAACAAGAACGUUAGGGCUGUUAGUGCCGAUGCAAACUCGAAUAAACUCGACGAACAGCAACAUUGCGAUGAAGCACUUUCAAUUUCGACAAAUAAAACAAAUCAAAUCUUGAUCAAAAGUAGUCAAUCAACAGCAGUAAAAACUAUCGAUUCGCCUCUGAAGGUCCGAUCUCGACCGACCAGUCUUCGUAAAAUUAGAGUUGUCAAAGUUCCAAAAUAA